AGGAUUAAAGCAGCACUGGAAUUUACAAAAAAAGAAAAAAAAAAGGAGCAUCACUGUAAGAAUGCAAAUAGACUCCCCUCCAUCUUUCCACGGAGCCGAAGGAAAGUUUUUCUUUGGAUUAUUUCAAAAGCUGCCAUCUAAUCCCAAUAACUUGAAUUAUCCAGAUUUGAAUUAUCCAGAAUUGAAUUCUUCAUAAACCAAAUUGACGUUGAAUCAGACAUACAUCUGUUCAGAGUUUUGUUUUUUUUUUUUGGGAGACAUACAUGGGUGAAGGAACCCCAACUGUGACCCUGGGAAGCCAGCUAUUCAAAGCUACAAAAUAAAAGAAAAAAAAAAUUUAUUGUUUGCAUCUGGAUUCCGGAAUGAGUGUGAUCUUCAUUUUUGUUUUCUUUUUCUUGGAAAAUCAAAGAGGAGAUUCAGCGGUUUGUUAAGUGUAUAAAGAACAGCUGCAUUAUUUCUUUCUUUUUUUGUUGUUGUCAUAUAUGUGUUGUUGGAAACCAUUAUUUGUUUGUGAAUAUCAAAGUGAAGAUUGGGUUUUGUGUGAUUUAUUUCUAUGAUUAUAAUAAUUCUUUCUAUCAAUG